AUGUGUGAAGAUGUUAGACAUCACAUGAAACCGAGAGUAUUCUCGUCAUUUACCUACACGUUUGACGAGUACGUCGACCGUCACCACGUCUGGUGUAAUGAGGUUCCCCCACCACGGGAUCUAAGACAUCACCCACCAGAGCCGCCGUUCCCAGAACCACAGAGUUUGAGCGCUUAUGGUGCAAAUGAUGAUAUACGCUUCGAGCAAUACCAAAUUACGGCGUCACCGAUGUUGAACCCAAUUGGAUAUCUCCCUUCACCGAGUGUGCUCCCUAUGGCUUUUGAGAACGUUCCAUUGAUUCCUCGACCACCGCAUGAAAUUCGACGAGAGCAAAUUGACUCUUCAGAUCCGAUUUUUUCUGAAAUUGUUGCUCCUCUCCAACACAAUGAACUGCUGGUUCCACCUCACGAACUAGACUCAUCAAUGAUUGUCAAAACUCCAAACAUCGCCAACAGACUCUACCAGCAAGACCCACUAUCUUUUGGACAAAAACUUCAGGAUCUUUUAGUUUGUCAGGAAAAUCAAUCGUUCACCUGUGUAUUUCAAAGCCUCGACAAGUGUCGAAUUGAAUAUGCUGAUUCUACCACUUGCUUGAGACAUAUGCUUCUCAAUCAUUUCACGUUUGACAACACUAAAGUUCCCUUCAAGCUCAGUGACAUGCUCACGCUUACUGGGAAAUGCAAAUGUGGGCAUGAGGAUACAGCGGGAACUUGGUUGUAUAAUCAUGUCCUCACCACGAAAGACCCGUGUCCAUUGAUCAAACAGGAGCUCAACGAGGUCGCAAACGCCGACUAA